AUGUCAUCUCAAACUAGAGUCAAGAAGGACAAGGAGAUCAUAGGAGAAUAUGAAACGCAAGUCAAAGAGAUCCGUAACCAGCUGGUGGAGCAGUUCAAAUGCCUGGAGCAGCAGUCCGAGUCUCGUAUCCAGCUGCUGCAGGACCUGCAGGACUUCUUCCGCCGCAAGGCUGAGAUCCAGCUGGAGUACUCCCGCAGCCUGGAGAAACUGGCCGAGCGAUUCUCUAACAAGAUCCGCAGCUCCAGAGAACACCACCAGUUCAAGAAGGACCAGCACCUGCUGUCCAGUGUGAACUGCUGGUACCUGGUACUGAACCAGACCAGGAGAGAGAGCAGGGACCACGCCACCCUCAAUGACAUCUAUACCAACAACGUUAUCGUCCGCCUCGCCCAGAUCAGCGAGGACGUAAUCCGCCUCUUCAAGAAGAGUAAGGACAUUGGGAUUCAGAUGCAUGAGGAGCUGGUGAAAGUGACAAACGAACUCUACACUGUGAUGAAGACCUACCACAUGUACCACACAGAGAGCAUCAGCGCUGAGAGCAAGCUGAAGGACGCUGAGAAGCAGGAGGAGAAGCAGUUCAGUAAGUCUGCUGACCUCAACGUCCACCUGCUGCGCCACGAGGACCGGCCCCAGAGACGCAGCUCCGUCAGGAAGAUUGAGAAGAUGAAGGAGAAGAGGCAAGCCAAGUACUCCGAAAACAAGCUGAAGUGCACUAAAGCCCGCAACGACUAUUUGUUGAACCUGGCAGCAACGAAUGCCGUUGUGGCGAAAUACUACAUCCACGAUGUCUCUGAUAUGAUUGAUUGCUGCGACCUGGGCUACCAUGCCAGCCUGGCACGUACCUUCAGGACCUACCUGUCAGCUGAGUACAACCUGGAGACUAGUCGCCAUGAGGGCCUGGACAUCAUGGAGAACGCCGUGGACAACCUGGACUCCCGCAGCGACAAGCACAAGAUCAUGGACAUGCACAACCAGGUGUUCUGCCCUCCCAUGCGCUUCGAGUACCUGCCCCACAUGGGGGACGAGGUGUGCCAGGUGAGUGCCCAGCAGCCUGUGCAGACUGAGCUCCUGAUGCGCUACCACCAGCUGCAGUCCCGCCUGGCCACACUCAAGAUCGAGAACGAGGAGGUGAGGAAGACACUGGACGCCACCAUGCAGACCAUGCAGGACAUGCUGACUGUGGAGGACUUUGAUGUGUCUGAUGCCUUCCAGCAUAGCCGCUCCACUGAGUCCAUCAAGUCUGUGGCCUCUGAGACCUACAUGAGCAAACUGAACGUGGCCAAGAGACGGGCCAACCAGCAGGAGACAGAGGUCUUCUACUUCACUAAAUUCAAGGAGUUCCUGAACGGCAGCAACCUCAUCAUUAAACUGCAGGCCAAGCAUGACCUCCUGAAGCAGACACUGGGAGAAGGAGAAAGGGCUGAAUGUGGGACUACGAGGCCCCCCACUCUACCCCCUAAACCACAGAAAAUGCGGAAGCCUAGGCCGCGCUCCAUCUAUAACCAUAAACUGUUUAACGGCAAUAUGGAGACCUUCAUCAAGGAUUCAGGUCAACCUAUUCCUCUUGUGGUUGAGAGCUGUAUUCGACACAUCAAUUUGUAUGGGCUCCAGCAGCAGGGCAUAUUCCGUGUGCCUGGAUCCCAGGUGGAGGUUAAUGAUAUUAAAAACUCAUUUGAGAGAGGCGAAGACCCAUUGAUUGAAGACCAGAAUGAACAUGACAUCAACUCAGUGGCAGGGGUCCUCAAGCUGUACUUCAGGGGCCUGGAGAACCCUCUGUUCCCCAAGGAACGCUUCCUGGAUCUCAUGUCUACUAUAAAACUGGAGUCUGGAGCUGAGAGAGCGCAUCACGUCCAGCAGAUUGUUGUGACUCUUCCUCGCACCGUCAUCAUCGUCAUGAGAUACCUGUUUGCUUUCCUCAAUCAUCUAUCCCAGUACAGUGAUGAGAACAUGAUGGAUCCCUAUAACCUGGCCAUCUGCUUCGGCCCCACCCUGAUGCCCAUCCCCGACGGACAGGACCCUGUAGCCAUCCAGGCGCAUGUCAAUGAGGUCAUCAAGACCAUCAUCAUCCACAACGAGGUCAUCUUUCCCAGCUACCGUGAGCUGGACGGGCCAGUCUAUGAGAAGUGCAUGACUGGAGGAGAGGAGUACUGUGACAGCCCCCACAGUGAACCAGGCACCAUCGAUGAGGCUGACAACGGGACUGAGCCACACACCAGUGAUGACGAGGUGGAGCAGAUUGAGGCCAUCGCUAAGUUUGACUAUGUGGGGCGCACCCCCCGGGAGCUAUCCUUUAAGAAGGGAGCGUCACUACUGCUGUAUCACCGCGCCUCCGAGGACUGGUGGGAGGGGCGGCACAACGGUGUGGACGGACUGAUCCCACACCAGUACAUUGUGGUGCAGGACCUGGAUGAUGCGUUCUCAGAUAAUCUCAGUCAGAAGGCGGACAGCGAGGCGAGCAGCGGACCACUGCUGGAUGACAAGGCCUCAUCCAAAAACGACGUCCCAUCACCGUGUGAACACUCCCUCGACUGCAACUUUGGAGGAGUCAUGGGGAGGGUGAGGCUACGUUCUGACGGGGCCGCCAUCCCUCAGCGCCGCAGCGGAGAGACCCACAGCCCUCCCCGGGGCACAGACACACCCCCGCGGGCCGCAGCCUGUCCCAGCAGCCCCCACAAGGUGGCAGUGAGCAGGAGUCGCAUGGAGAGCACGGAGAAGAGUCGCCUGGGCACAUUUGGCAGUGCGGGCAGCAUCAACUAUGCUGACAGGAAGGUCUACCCCGAGGGCCACCCUCUGAGGCACGUACCAGGAGCCACACGCCACAGCAGCCUGGGGGACCACAAGUCACUGGAGGCUGAUGUCCUGGCAGAGGACAUAGAGAAGACCAUGACCACGGCCCUACAUGAGCUGCGUGAGCUGGAGCGCCAAAACAUGGGCAAGCAAGCACCAGACGUGGUGCUGGAUACCCUGGACACCACAAUGAAGAAGCCUGUGAACUCGGACCCCGGCAGCCCCCUCCACACCAUCAUGAUCCGCGACCCGGACGCCGCCAUGCGCCGCAGCAGCAGCUCCACCUCUGAAAUGAUGUCCACCUUUAAGCCCGCCUUGUCGGCCCGUCUGGCCGGAGCCCAGCUGCGCCCCCCGCCCAUGAGGCCUGUCCGCCCGCCCCCCACAGGGCACCGCUCCUCCAGCUCCAGUUCCUCUGGGGUAGGAAGCCCUGCUGUCACCCCCACUGAGAAGAUCUUCCCCAACAGCCCUGCCGCGGCUAGCUCUGCAGCUAACGCAGCCGGGGACAAGUCAGGCACCAUGUAA